AUGCGAAACGGGCGAGUUUGGGUUACCAGUGCGCGGCGGAUUCGUUUCAGCAGUGGGCGAACGGGCGGGUGGGAAAGCGCGUGGCGGAGUUCAUCCCCAACUUCGCCAUCGCCCUCACCAUCUACCUCACCGUGCAUGCCUUCGUGCUGCCGUCGACUCUCCCAAGGUAUCGUUGUUAGGCAUAACCGAUCCCUUCGCGGAACCGACUCCUCCGCCGCACGUUCCGGCGCCGGUCACGGCGACGGCGCAUCGUCGGGGGAAGCCUUCCCCGGAAUGGACGACUGGCCGGACGCGCCGAGCCUGCCACGUCGGCGCAUCCUCCGCGCCGCGUCAUCCGACGAUCUUGUCGACGUGGACGAUCUCGACAUGGUCCACAAUCAAAACAUGCCGCUUCCUGAUUGGGCGAGAGAUAUUCCCUCCAUGACCAUCUUCUGCGCUCCGAAGCCGUACUUAAACACCCCGGAGGACCCGCAGCGCCGCGCGCUGCUCUCGUGGCUGCGCCUCCGCCCGCAACCCAAGGUCGUGCUGCUGGGAUCCGAUCCCAGCUUCGAUCUCCUCGCGCAGGAAUUCCCGGGGUCCGUGUUCGUCGAUUCAACAAUCGACACUAAUUUCUACGGCGUGCCGCUGUUUCACGCGAUGGUCGCGCGCGCGCAGGCGGCGGACACGCCGCUCUCGAUGCUGAUCAACGGGGAUAUUAUUCUCCUCUCCGACAUCGUCCCCGCGAUCGGGCGCGUGCAGGCCUUUUUCAGCGAGUGGAUCCUAACCGCGUCGCGCUGGGACGUCGCGGUCGACUUCCCGUACUCGUUUGAGAAAGACGCGUGGCGGCGGAAGCCCGGGCCGGUCGGAAUGAUGGCGGAGGCGCAGCGCGAGGCGGAGAUCCGCCGGUUCGUGCGGCGGGAGGGGAGCUUGCAUACCUACGGCGGGGUGGACCUGUGGGUGUGGAACAACGUUCCCAACGUUCCGCUUUUCUCGGCGCACAUGCCGCCGUUUUCGUUCGGGCGCGGGAAGUACGACAACUGGUUCGUGCACGAGGCGGUCGCGAGCGGGCUGCGACAGGUGGUCGACGCGAGCGACGCGAUCACGAGCAUCCACGUGGCGCACACGUACUCGCACGUGCGCGUGGAGGAGAGCAAGGCGGGCGGGCAUUUUUGGAGCACGCGGAAGAAGAGCAGCUGGGAGCUGUUCGCGAAUAUUCACCUGGCGGAGACGCACGGCACGUAUACCAACCAGAAGGGAACGGCGCUGCACACGCCGUGGCGGCUCUCCUCGUGCUACGAACCUGAUUCGCUGAACAUAUGCAUGCUGAAGCGCGAGCGGCCGGCCAACUGCUCCUGCGAGUACUCCGCCUACGAGUACAAAACCCAGUCCGACCCGCGCAAGCAUCACUCGGGCGACUUCUGGGUCUGCGGCGUCGUCUCCAUCGAUCGCCGCGCCGAUUUCGCAAUCAACGCUGUCGCCCGCACCAACUCCACCGUCGGUCUCCCUCACACCAUGGAGCAGCUGUUACCGCAGCUGGCCAGGAUCGUCCCGGACGUUCCCUUGCCAGGCGCUGCCGGGGCUGGGAAGCCCAAGGAGCUGAAGGUGGUAACGCUGGUCGCGGUUACAUUUGGUUACGCCGAGAUGCUGAUGAACUUCGUGUGUAACUUGCGGAAACUGGGGCUCGGGAAUAACCUCGUUGUGGCGGCCCUAGACGAGGACUUGUACCGGUUUGCAUUCACUCAAGGCCUUGCGGUGUUUUACGAACGCGCGAGUACGACAAUGAGGGGAAUAGAUCAGGGCCAGUGCCAGUUCGGAACCAAGUGCUUCCGGCAAUUCACCAAGCUGAAAUCCCGCGCGGUGCUGAGGGUUCUUAAGGCUGGAUACUCAGUCCUCUGGUCUGACGUGGACAUUGUGUGGUUCUCCGACCCUCUCCCGCACCUGCUUUCGUACGGGCCUGGCACGUUCCCGAUCCAGAGCAACGAGCCGAACGCGACGCUGUCAGGCACGGGGAUUCGGCGGAUCAACUCGGGAUUUUAUUUCGCACGAGCGGAUCCCAUGACUGUGAAGGGAUUCGAGGCGAUUGUUGCGCAUGCAGCCAAGACUCAACUGUCCGAACAGCCGAGUUUUUACGAUGUUCUCUGUGGGGAGAAGGGGGAGCUGCUGCUUCCGGAAAGCGUGGUGGAUGCUGACGGGAGGAAGGUCCACCGCGAGGAAUGUCAGUGGAGCAACGGUUUGCGGACGAUUUUCCUGCCGAGGGAUAUGUACCCGAAUGGAGCUGUGCAUGACUUCUGGAAUCAGCCGAAUGUGGCGAAUGCGUGCAGCGGGUGUACGAUUCUGCAUAAUAAUUGGAUUUCGGGGAAGGAGGCGAAGAAGGAUAGGUUGGUGAAGAAUCGGUUCUGGUUUUAUGACUCGUCGCGGAGGAUGUGUAUUCAUGACUGGCAUGCGAUGCUGAGAGAGAGGUUUGGGGAUGAGAUGGGCGUGGGGAAGAGUACCGAUGCCGCUUCAGCGACUGAGGCGUCUACUGCGCCGGCAAACGCGGAGGAAGAAGCGUCUGUCGACGUCGAGAAGAUUCGCGAGCAGCUUCUUCGCGAAGGUUUCGUCAUUCUCAAGGAUGCGCUUCCGCAAUCAACGGAAUGGUCCGAGCUGCCUAAGCUUCCCGCUCAGCUCUUCCCAACGACAGCGUCCGAAUCGGAAUCCGAGUCGGACGCUGAGUUAAUCUCCACUCCCGCGUCGCUAGUAGCCAAGGCUCUCCUGCCGUCCUUGCCAGCCUCCGCGCUUCGAGUGGUGGAGGACGUGACGGGGACCAAUGUGGACCAGGGCCCGGCCACGUGGCACACUGUGAUUCGUCAAUGGUCUGCUGGCCUGGGCUGUUUGGACGGCAAGACGUGCGAGGACCCGAGCUUCGUUAGCGACAACUGGCAGGUCGCCUGCACGCCGCCUGAUGACGUGGAGCUGAGUAGGCAGCGUCUGGAUGAUGCGAUUCUGACUGUUGUGGUUGCCACCCAAAACGCCAGCGACACGUCAGCGUCUUCCCAGCUGGCGAUCUUCCCGCAUAGCCAUUGGCUCGUGGCCGACUGGCUGGACGCUGCUGACAAGGAACCUUCCCUGAACCUUUUCCCCCGGCCAAACCAACUUCCGCUCCCAGCACCCAUCAAGGAGGAAGGUGCUGACGUGGCACCGGGAACCUUCUCCCUGCCGCCAGAACUCAGCGAGCAAGAGCUGGAAGCGCUGGAGGAGGAAGAGGAAAAGGCAAACCUUGGGAAUUGGGCGGUAGCCAUGGUCGGCCGUUCCUCCCCAUCUGCAGAAGCAGCAGAAGCGGCGGCUGUGUCAUUCCCCCAUGCAGACGCGCGCAGCCUCAUGCUCUGGCGCCUCACCUCGCAAACCCGCCACCUCCUGGAAGCCCAACGCUUUGAGGAGGCUCUACCCCUCCUCAGGAGGGCGGUGGGGCUGCGACCGCAGGAUGCAUGGCUGUGGUACCAGGCGGGCAGGAGCGGCGAGCAGGCGGCUCCCAAGGGCCAGCUGGCAGGGCGCGCGGGGAGGAAGUGCAUGCUGGAAGAUUCCGAGCGGUUUCUGCUCCGGGCUAUGGAGCUGGCCCCGGCAUGGCCUCUGCCGUACGCUUCUCUCAUCAACGCCCUCAUCGCCAUGGGCCGUGGGAGGGAGAACGAGGCACCAGCUGUCUUGCAGCAGCUGCUUGCCAUUCCACGCCUCGCGGCAAUUUGUGCUGCCAACCCAGCAACUGCUGCUACCAUAAACAGCGCUGUGCAGAGUGUGGUGAUUUCCUUAGCCUCACAUGCACAAAACGAGGAGGCUCGCAGAAUCCAGAAGCUAGCACAAGCCACUAUACAUGCUGUCCUCUCUUUUCCGUUUGGGAUGCGUGUAAAAGGCGUGCCUGUUUCAUUUCUGUUCCAAGAAGCUCAGUUUCAAGAAACAGUUCAGCCCUUUUCCAGUUCUGCUCCUCUUCCUGCUCUGCCUUGCUCUCUGCCAGCAAGGAUUUACGCGCCGUCGGAGCAUCUGCGCUUUUUCCGUGUUGUCCGCACGCUCCAACACGCGAGCUCGACGAGCUUGAAUCUCGAGACUAAGCCGGCUCCCGCGUUCGUCAAAUCCGGAGUUCGCACGGGUGUUCGCGCUGAGGCCAAGCCUACAGCUGAGGCGACGUUGACGGGUGUUGUGUUCGAGCCGUUCGCGGAGGUGCAGAGCCAGCUCACCCAGGUUCCCGCCGUCAUCCAGCCGCAGGAGUCUUUUGCCCGGCAAAACUACUCAUCGGCCGCCGAGGCUGGGAUCAACGAGCAGAUUAAUAUCGAGUACAACAUCUCGUACGUGUACCAUGCGCUGUACGCCUACUUCGACCGGGACAACGUGGCCCUGCCAGGCUUCGCCAAGUACUUCAAGGCCGCCAGCGAGGAGGAGCGCGAGCAUGCAGAGAAGCUGAUGGAGUACCAGAACAAGCGUGGUGGCCGGGUGAAGCUGCAGUCCAUUCUGAUGCCGGCGACCAUGGAAUUCGACCACCCCGAGAAGGGCGAUGCUCUAUAUGCGAUGGAGCUUACCCUGGCUCUUGAGAAGCUUGUCAAUGAGAAGCUGCUGGCCCUUCACAAGGUUGCAGCUGAUGCUGGAGAUGUUCAGCUUACCGACUUCCUAGAGGGGAACUUCUUGAAUGAGCAGGUUGAUGCAAUUAAGAAGGUGUCUGACUAUGUUUCCCAGCUCAGACGCGUUGGCAAGGGUCAUGGUGUGUACCACUUUGAUCUGCAGCUGGAGGCCGGCGCGCACUGA